AUGGAGUCGAAUGCUUAUCUGCCGCAUAGCUCGCUUGGACCGCGGGCUCUAGGUAUUGUCACGCCCUUUCUCAUUGUUGGCAUUCUUGUCUUCACAGUGAGGAUCUACACUCGCGUAACCCCUGUUUACAAAUUGGAUGCCUCAGACUACACCAUCUCGGUUGCUGUUAUUAUCGAAGUUAUCGUCUACUCGCUCUUCAUAGCAAGUGUAACUUCUGGGCUGGGCCGUUACAGCUAUGAUGUAUCUCCGGAGCAAGGCGUUAAGACUCUUCGAUCUGUUUAUGUGGUUAUCUUACUGUCGACGUUUGUGCCCGCCCUUGUCAGGAUCUCGGUCGGAUUUCUACUGUUAAAGUUCGUGUUGUCCAAGGCCUGGCGCGCAAUAAUCUGGUGCACCAUUGGUAUCCAAGCUGCGUGCGCUAUCAGCACUGAAAUCUUCCAGCUCAUCCAGUGUCGACCAAUCAAUGCCCACUGGGAACAGGUUCCUGAUGCACGGUGCUUGAGUGCACGACAGAUCUGGAUAUGUGGCUACACGACUAUAGAUGCGCACAUUGGACUUUGCUUCUCCGGAAAGGUUCAGGACUCUGAUACCGGUAUACUUCUGGCUUCGAAUGGAAGAGGCCAUUUUGAUAAUAGCUUCUUCGGCGCCGAUGCUCAAGUCCCCAAUCGAGCACGUCCUCCAUAA